GGGCAAUCUCUGGAAGUCCCCUCAGGGAUGCUUUUCAGAAGGAUGGGCUGACAGGCCGAGUAAUUGGAGGCCACGAGGCUCAACAAAACAGCUGGAAGUGGCAGGUAUCACUUCAAAUUGCCUAUGCUGACUCCCCGACUUUCUACUCUCACAUCUGCGGUGGAACCCUUAUCGGCAGCAAAUGGGUCAUGACCGCAGCCCAUUGCCUCAGCAUGCCACCAGGAGCAACCUACCGAGUGGCUCUGGGUGAGCACAGUCUCUUGAACGUGGAUGGCACCGAGUACUAUAUUGGUGUGGACAGAGUCUUCAUUCACGAUGGCUGGAAUCCCUAUGACAUUGCCAAUGGCUAUGACAUUGCCCUGCUGCUCCUCAGUUCUCCUGCCUAUGACAAUGGGUUUGUUGAGCUGGGAAUGCUUCCACCUGAAGGAGUAAUUUUGCCCAAUAACUAUCCCUGCUAUAUUACCGGAUGGGGAUUGGUUAGUGCGGGUGGCAGCAGCGCGGACAGACUGCAGGAGGUGAUGCUGCCGGUGGUCGACCAUGAGAUCUGCUCCCAGAGUAACUGGUGGGGAUCUCAAGCAAAAGUCACUAUGAUCUGUGCAGGUGGAGACGGCGUGAGGUCUGGAUGCAGUGGGGACUCUGGGGGCCCUCUCAGCUGCUACAGAGACAAUCACUGGGAAGUCCAUGGCAUUGUCAGUUUUGGGCUAGUUCCUUACUGUAACACCUACCAGAAGCCAACAGUUUUCACACGUGUGUCAGCCUACGUGGACUGGAUCUACAGUACUACAACGAAUAACGGGGGUUUGUAG